CAUUCCGAUCGGAACAUUAAUAUGGCGAUUUGUGCGGUAAAUUCGGCGAGUCGCGCCCCGUCGAGAUGUUUUUCAUCGCGUUCCUCGCAUGGUGAGCGUUUGUUGACACGGGCGCGAGUGCGGUGUAAUCGGCCUGUGCGACGUAAUCAUCGGUGCCUGAGACAAAGAGAGAAAGAAAGAGAGAGAGAGUGAGUGACAGAGAGAGACACGCACCUCGUGACAUAUCGCUAAUGCGAUAACGUGACGCGCCACGCGAUGUCCGUCAGCUACGCCAGGAUGAAAGCCUGUCACGAAGCCCUGUCGUCGUCGUCGUCGACGACGUCGUCGACGACCUCGACGACGCCGAACGCCGCUGUCAGACGCGCCGGCGACGAGGAGGACUGGCAGAUGCAGCUGGCCUUUUGCAAGCCUCGUCACAACACCACCAUCGAGAGCGUCAGCUGCAUCAGUCAGACUUGGCGGAUGAAGGAGCGGAUGAAAACCGUGAGCGUCGCCCUGGUGCUGUGCCUGAACGUCGGCGUGGAUCCUCCGGACAUCGUCAAGACGCAACCCUGCGCUCGCCUAGAAUGCUGGAUAGAUCCUCUAUCGGUGAGUCCACAGAAAGCUCUUGAAACUAUAGGUUCAAAUUUGCAAAAACAAUAUGAACGAUGGCCGAGAGCUCGUUACAAACAGUUAGAUCCAACUGUCGAAGAGGUUAAAAAAUUAUGUACGUCCUUAAGACGAAAUGCUAGAGAGAGAGUUUUGUUUCAUUAUAAUGGUCAUGGUGUGCCUAAACCUACUACCAAUGGUGAAAUAUGGGUAUUUAAUAGGACAUAUACACAGUACAUUCCCUUGUCAGUGUAUGACUUACAAACUUGGAUGGGUGCACCUAGUAUUUAUGUAUACGAUUGUUCCAAUGCAGGCAUUAUUGUAGAAUCUUUUCAGCAGUUUGCUGACCAACAUGAGAAGGAAUAUGAGAUGGAAAAACAGCAAAAUCGCGUAACCGGAGUGACAUGUCCUGCAGCACCGUGUUAUAAGAAUUGCAUUCAACUAGCAGCAUGUGCUGCUAAUCAGAUUUUACCUAUGAAUCCGAAUUUACCUGCAGAUAUAUUUACAUCAUGCCUUACUACUCCUAUAAAAAUUGCAAUACGCUGGUUUGCGAUGCAGCCUACAUCCAAAUUAGUUCCCAACAUAUCGCUUGAUCUUAUUGACAAGUAUUCUGGACAAUUGACAGAUAGAAGAACAAUGUUAGGAGAGCUUAAUUGGAUAUUUACAGCUAUAACCGACCACGAUAGCGUGGAACACUCUGCAAGAGAUCUAUUUCAAAGAUUAUUCAGACAAGAUCUAUUAGUUGCUAGUCUCUAGAAUUUUUUACUGGCAGAGAGAAUACUUCGUUCUUACGAUUGCACGCCAGUUUCUUCUCCGAAAUUACCACCAACUAUCAGAUCGAUAUUUAUAUUUUUCUAGCAUCGUAUGUGGCAAGCUUGGGACAUGGCGCUUGACCUGUGCUUGGCACAAUUGCCGAUAGUCUUGGAAAACGAAGAUCGAUAUGUGCAUUCGUCAUUCUUCGAGGAUCAACUUACAGCUUUUCAAGUAUGGCUUAACUUGGGAUCGAAAAAUCGCAGUCCGCCCGAGCAACUUCCGAUCGUUCUUCAAGUACUAUUGAGUCAAGUUCAUAGACUGAGAGCAUUAGCCUUGGGGCGUUUUCUUGAUCUUGGUUCAUGGGCUGUAAAUCUAGCACUUAGCGUUGGCAUCUUUCCGUACGUGUUAAAAUUGUUACAAAGCAACGCCAGGGAGCUACGCCCUUUGCUGUUUAUAUGGGCAAAGAUUCUAGCAGUAGACAAUACUUGCCAAGCAGAUCUAGUGCGUGACGGUGGCCAUAAAUUCUUGUCUGUGCUUCAAGAUACUUCUAUUCGGUACGAGCACAGAACGUUGGCUGCGUUUGUACUAGCCAGUAUUGUAAAUGAUUAUCGUCCGGGUCAAGUGGCCGCGAAUCAAGGUAAUCUCGUUUCGAUAUGCUUGGAACAACUGGGAGAUACGAACUCUUUGCUACGGCAAUGGCUUUGUUUGUGCUUGGCGAGGCUUUGGCAUAAUUUCGACAAAGCGAGAUGGUGUGGCGUUAGAGAUAUCGCUCAUGAAAAACUAUUUACGUUAUUAAAGGAUCCCGUUCCAGAGGUCCGAGCAGCUAGUGUGUACGCAUUAGGCACGUUUAUAAACAGCGUUACAACUAGGAGUGAGCACGCAAACAAUAUCGAUCAAAUUAUCGCUAUGAUGCUUAUUAAUACCGUGUCUCACGAUAUGUGUCCGCUAGUUAGAAAAGAAUUAGUAGUGGCUCUUCAAUGGAUGGUGCUGCAUUUCGAAAAUUCUUUUGUAACAUUGGCUAUAGCUGAGGAAAAUAGUCGAAAGGAUCUUGUCGUAGAAACUUUGUCUCCGUCCAGUGGCAUAAGGCGCAUCAGUUCUCGCGACAGAUUAAAGAUGUUGUCGCCCAAUAAUACAUAUGCAGUAGAUACGACUGACGGCUUUGGAGCGCAGGAUCGCAUCAAAAGUUCGUCUUCGUCGUCCAUUAGUAGUUUAGGUAAUAAUUGGGAGUUCGUGAGGAAACCUUGCGAGUCACUUGGUCAUAGUUCUCUUGGAAACUUACCGAGUCUCUCCUAUGGUAGCGUGUACAAAUUGUGGCAUGGAUUGUGCAGUCUCGACGACGAUCCUCAUCCGGCUGUUGGUGCUAUGUCUCAAAAAAUUACCAAUCAUAUUCGUAAUAAGGUAAAGGCAUCUUCUGCUCCUAAAGAGGUUGUUGAAACAAAAAUUUCCUCGUCAUUAUCUCUUCCGCCAUCUCCCUCAAAUCGAACCGGUUAUUUAAGCAAAGGGGAGUCACCACCAACGGCCGUCAAUUCUGGACCGGAUUUGCUGCGUUCUCCGAGAACACACUUUAUACCACACAAUAGUCGUACGAGAAAACCUCUUCCUAACACGAUAACUGAAGAAGUAGACGAAAUACCUGGAGCCAAGACUCCAUUGACCACCUCCCAGUUUGUUGAAUGGAGUUGUGCUCAGUUUGCUCAGCCGGUUAGUUUAGAAGACGAAAUGGACGAUGUAGAGAGCAGACCGUACCUGGAGCGCGAAUGGCGAUUUAUACGCAACGCAAAGCAGAGACAGGAUGCGAAAGAGGAACAUAUACGCGCGCCGCAAAGCAAGAUGGAAUCGCAGGUGUAUCACGGAAGAUGUCCCCAAUCACCUCAAGCUCUGGUUUUUCAUCCAUUCGAGCCGCAUUUGGCCGUGGCGUUGAAAGAUUGCUUUGGGGUAUGGGAUUAUCAGAGCGGCACAAAGAUGACUUUCUGCGCAAGUCGCGGAAACAAAACGAAAUCGCGCAUCACGGCCCUCGAGUUUAUAAAUUCUCACGAUUUGAGUCUUCUGAUGACAGGUUCUGAUGAUGGUUCCGUGCAAAUUUGGAAGAAUUACAGUGGCACGAUAAGCCGAGAUCCGAUUCUCCUCACAGCUUGGCAGGCUCUGGCCGACGUGCAGCCCGCUACAAAAACCUCCAAUGUGACGGCACAACUGGUCACGAAGUGGGAGCAAAAGUCUCUCACUCUAGCAGUGACGGGCGAUGUUCGCAUCGUGAGACUUUGGGACGCGGAGACCGAAUUGAAGAAGCAAGAUAUUCCAACGGGCGCCGAUUGUUGUACUACUUGUCUAGAUGUUGACGGCACAGGUGCAAUAAUGGCGCUUGGCUGCGGCGAUGGAUCGGUACGGCUCUUGGAUCGGAGAUUACCUCCCGCGGAAGCGAAAGUUAUGAUUUGGAGGGAACACACGGCUUAUAUUGGCGCAUUUUUAAGGCAAGGAUCCGAGGGAUCCUCGCCGCAAUUGUUUACCGGCUCGUCUUCGGGCGACAUCAAGAUUUUCGAUCAGAAAAAUUCUUCCGUGAGCACGAUUCAGAUUCAGCCAGGUAUUGUGGCAUUAACAGCACAUGAAAUAGCUGAUGUUUUUGCUUGCGGCACCACGAAUCACUGCAUUAGUGUGUACAAUAUAUCGGGUCAACAUCUUAACACGAUAAAAUUCCACGAGGGAUUCAUGGGUACGCGCCUCAGUCCUGUAAGUUGUCUAAGUUUUCACCGAUAUCGUGUGACCUUGGCGGCUGGCUUCGUGGACAGUACUUUCACAUUAUACGAGCCACGCAGAUGACUAUUAGAGACGGAACUCGUGUAAGAUCUUUGCGGAAUUUUGUAAAUUUAUAGCAACAUUUUACAUAUUCUUGAGCGCGUUGCGAUAUUAACGACGAAAUUAGGACUUUGCUCUCCUGACUGCGAUCAGAAUAGCCUUCUCUUUUUUUUCGUUAUUUCUUCUCUUUAAAAGAUAGAGGAUCCUAGCCUAUCUGCUAUUUUGGAUAAAAGAUAGAGAAAGAGAAGAUAGUAAUAGUUUUUGUGAUAAAACUGAGCGAGUAUGAAUUAACCAAAGUUAGUUUUGAGGUGACCAAAGAACAAUUUGAAAGCACGGUUAUUAUUUUUUUUUAACAUAAGAUAGAGACUGUUGAAGGAAUUUUGGUAUCUUGAAAGAUGCCAAUGCAUAAUAAUACAUACAUUGUGAUAAAAGGUUAAUGCGAGUUUGUGUGUGUGAGAAUGGUUGAGAAAAUAAUGAUUAAAGAUUAAGGAGAAAAGAUUAAAGGUAUAAUGCGAAAGCUUUAGAAUCUGCAUUAAUGAAAUAAUCUCAAUUAUUGUGCCAUGCAAUUUCUGCUUCAGAAUUAAACUCUCAUGUCAAAUACAGAUCUAUAUGUAACGGAAAAAUAUUUUAACUAUCGAAUCGAUUACGACAUGGCUGUGUAAAUACGUGGCUCGCAUUAUACACAUUUUUAUAAGCUUCAUAGGUGACAGUCGAUGGUAGAAUUUACAUUUUUCAUCAUUUUUCUCGAUAUAAUUUUAUCGAUACAAUUUUUUAAAAAUAUUUUGUAUUAUUCUCCGUUCUAUGUUCCUGACCAAUUGCAGUAGAUUUAUUUCGAAAAAUUUUAAUAGUUAGUAAUGUACAAACUUUACAUAAAUAAGUAUAAUUUCUUAAAUGAUAAAAUUUAACAAAGGA